UCUGCGCGCGCGCGUACACACACACAAAUCCCCCAGCCCUCAUGACAGACACACUCGGUCUCGCUCCCUCAUGCACACACACACACACACACUCACACAAUCACUGUAAAGGGUUUUAAUUCAGCAUGCCUGACGCUGGAUGCUCCUAGAACGCGACGCAUCCGCCUCAGCGUCGGGUUUGACUGCCUCUGAAAGGGAUUUCAGUAUUUUAUUCAGAGCUCUCCUCAUGGCUUCAUCGGACGGAAUAGACAAAUGUCUCCUGCACAGAGGCAGAUCUCAAAGUGACCCGAACAUCCUCAGCGAGUCUGGCAUUGAUCUCUCGCACAGCGCAGAUGUGAUGGAGCAGCAGAAGGUGCUCCGCUCCAGCUGUUUGGUGAGUGCAGUCCACACCCCUCCCAUCCGGCGCCACAGCAAGCUGGCCACGCUGGGGCGUAUUUUCAGGCCAUGGAAAUGGAGGAAAAAGAAAAAUGAGAAGUUGAAACAGAGCUCUACAGAUGUGGCCUUGGCCUGUGGACUUCACUCUCCAGACCCCAGCUCUCCCAUCCAGGGCAUCUCCGAUACUGAGAUCCGGCUGCCUGGCUCUCAGGGGCCCAUUCUCAGCAUCAGUAGCAUGGAGUACCUCAGCUCAGAGCAAGACAAUCUCCCUACGGUGGUAGAUUCUGUACAGGACAAUGAGUCAACGGAAGAGCCAAAUUCAAAUGAGGAAGAGGAGGAGGACGAGGAGGCGGUUCUCUCUGAAAAUGAGAAUGAAGAUGUUGAGGAAGAUGAAGAAGACAGAGAGGAAGAUGAGGAUGAUGAACUGCAGGAACAGUCUCCUCCAAGCGGCCACGGCAGUCUUGCUUCUCAUCUAAGCAUGGAGGAAGACCCAGGUAAAAUCGUCAUCGCAUCAGUGCCUCAUUCAAAAUCUUUUCUCCAAAAAGAACUGCCUAGAGUCCCUGAGGGCCCCAGUCCUGUGGUUUUAAGAGGGCCUUUUACUAAUCCCGUGGGGUCACCACAUAUAGGUAGCAUACACCCGCCUUUGCCCCCUAGCUGUAUAAUAGAAGAACUGCACCGAGCACUGGCAACAAAGCUCAGACAGGACAGCAUUGAACGAGAGCCAAGUGGAGAUGGUGAGAGCAGAAAGGAAGCCGAGGAAAACAAGGAAAAUGUUCGACAGGACAACUGCUUUACUGAUGCUUCAGGAAUUAUUUACGACAUUGACAGCUGGAACGAGUCUGUCAUUUCCGGUACAUUGCCAAGGAGGAUGAGGAAGGAGCUGCUGUCUGUGAAGCUUCGGAAUCGUCCCAGCAAACAGGAGCUGGAGGACAGGAACAUUUUUCCUGCACGGAGCGACCAGGAGAGACAGGAGAUCCGUCAACAGAUUGAAAUGAAGCUUGCCAAGAGACUCAGUCAACGGCCGGCCGUCGAAGAGCUGGAGAGCAGGAAUAUUUUGAAACAGAGGAACGAUCAGACGGAGCAGGAGGAAAGAAGAGAGAUCAAACAGAGACUGAACAGAAAGCUCAACCAGAGGCCGACAGUGGAUGAACUCAGAGAAAGAAAGAUUCUGAUCCGCUUCAGUGACUACGUGGAGGUGGCCAAAGCCCAGGACUACGACAGGAGAGCUGACAAACCCUGGACAAGACUGUCUGCAGCUGACAAGGCGGCCAUCCGUAAAGAGCUAAACGAGUUCAAAAGCACCGAGAUGGAGGUCCAUGUUUCGAGCAAACAUCUAACGAGGUUUCACAGGCCCUAAGAGGGGGUUUUCUUCUGUGAAGAAAAUGCUGAAAGCGGCGUUCGUUAAAAUCCUGGCGGUGUCUCUUUCAGAGCCGUGGCUUCGUCCAUGGGCUUCCCUUAUUCUUCCAGCACCCUGGGGCCGAGUGGUGUUUGGGUGCGGUUAGCGCCGGAGGCUGCGUCUCCACCGCGGGCGGCCACAGGAGAAACCUGAAGAACAUCUGCAGAUACAUUUAACCUGAGGCUGACAGAGUGGAGCGGCAGAGGACUGUUUGAUGUUUUUAUGACUGGACUGCAUUUCAGUGACUGCUAAGAAAAGACGAUUCAGUUCUGGGUAAAUGUUUGUGUACAUGUAACCAGCUCCACUCUGAAAAAAAUAAGUAAAGAAAAGAAAAAAAAAAUACUUGAGGGUUAAUAAGCCUGCUAUAAAUGAAUUUCAUAUUUACUGUACAAAAGUCCGUUUGAACAGGGUUGUUCAUGUCAUCACUUGAAAAAAAAAAAACUUUGUAAGCACUACUUGUCUUUAAAAUACAAUUUUGGAAAUA